AUGGAACGCACUACAAGGGAGUUGCCUCGCGGCACCUAUGCGGCGAGCAUGUCGUUCUUUGACGAGACAGCCGGAACCAUCGAUACGCAGACUCAGCGUCAACACACUAUCCGCCUCUCUAAGGCCGGUAUCUCCGGUUGCGUGGUCAUGGGUUCCAAUGGAGAGGCGCCUCACCUUUCUAUCGAGAAGCGAAACACAAUCAUCCGCGAAACCCGCCAGGCCCUUGACAGUAUCGGCAGCCAGCAGACCCCGAUUAUUGCUGGCUGCUCUGAGCAUUCAGUUCGAGGCACAAUUCAUCUCUGCCAGGAGGCUAGCCGAGCUGGCAGCGACUACACCCUUGUUCUGCCACCGUCUUACUUCAGUGAUGGGAUGAGCCCUGACAUCAUCGAGGGCUUCUUCAUUGAACUUGCGGACCAGUCACCGAUCCCCAUCAUUCUAUACAGCUUCCCCGCCGUAUCUGCAGGUAUUGAGAUGGACUCAGGUCUAUUGAGUCGCGUGUCCCAGCACCCCAACGUUGCAGGGGCGAAGUUCACCUGCGGCGACACUGGUAAACUAAGCCGAGUCUCCACGGCGAUGAAAGCCCGCCAGUCUUACUCUCUCUUCGGGUGUCUGGCAGACUUCAUCCUUCCUGCCCUCGUUGCAGGGGCGACCGGUGUGAUAGCUGGCGGUGCAAACGUUACCCCGCGGGCCUGCGUGCAAGUAUUCGAUUUGUGGCAGGAGGGCCGGGUGAAGGAAGCGCGGGAACUGCAGGCUAUUCUUGCAAACGGUGACUGGAAACAUACCGCGCGUGGCAUUUCGGGUACAAAAGCCGCGCUUGAUGCUUUGUUUGGGUAUGGGGGUAGCCCGCGAAGGCCUCUGAAGGUCUUGUCCGAAGCGGCCGUGUUGGAACCGCGGACUGGCAUGAGGGAGCUGAUAACCACCGAAGAACGGCUUGGAGCUCGUCUCGCCAAGGCAUGA